AUGGGCGGAAGGUGUGAAGCAUGCAGAGCAAACAUAAAUGUUACUCAAAAACGAAUAAAAUGCACACAAUGUUCGCAUAACUACCAUUCAGAGUGCAUAAAUUUUAAUAAUGAUACUGCUUCAAGAUCUGAAUGGAAGUGUCCCGCUUGCACUGCUUCUUGUCGAAAAGGUGGUGAUAACAGUAACACUCCGAUACGAACUAAUAAGUCUCCUUCCAACACCGUUUACGAUAAAACUACGUAUAGAUCAUCAAACAAAAGUACUGACCAGCCUACAUGUAUCACUGAGACCAGUAGUUGCCAACCAUAUAAUUUGGAAUUAAUUAAUAGCAUAGAGUUACUGUUAGACAAAAAACUCAGUGCUGUAAAAUUCGAUAUAAUUCAAGAGUUGAAAUUAUCACUUAUCACUGAAAUAAAAAACGAAAUAACUAGUAACCUUAAACAGCUGGAAGAAUCGCAUAACAGUUUGCUAAAUGACUACAACAAUCUUAAAAGUAAUUUUGAAAAACUUCAACAAAAUGUCCAGAAUGGCGAGAUGAAACUGGCGGAAUUAUGUGCGCAAAUAAAAAAAGAACAACAAUGGGGUAGACUUUCGAACUUAGAGAUUGUUGGUUUACCAGAAAACUCAAAAGAAUCAACUUCUGAAUUAAUAAUCAAAAUAGCCAGCCAUGCAGGAAUAAAGCUUACGGAUGAUCAAAUUGUUUUUGCGCACCGAGUUCAGCCUAUGCAGAAUGUUGGAGCGUUAAAAUCCAUGGAGAAACCUCUAGAGAAGCCAAUAUCAAAAAGCAAGAAGACCAAGAAGAGAAACUACCACAACUUCUCAAUUUACAUCUAUAAGUUACUGAAAUGCAUAAUGAAGAAGAAUGUGGGCAUAUCCAUACUGUCUAUGCUGAUAAUGAACAACUUCUUGAACGACAUGUUAGAUAGGAUCAAUGAGGAAGCUGCGAAAUUGGUGUCCCAUUCCAAGAAGAGCACACUAAGUAGUAGAGAGAUACAGUCGGCCAUAGAACUGCUCAUUCCUGGAGAGUUAGCAAAACACGCUAACAUAGAGGGACUUAAAGCUGUCACCAUGUACAUGAAUAACAAGACGAAAGAUGUAUCGAUUUAG